AUGGUAGAGGAAAAUGCGUGGCUCGCCAAUAAUUUGAUGGCCAUAAACCUGAUUGGUAAAGAUAUAUCAUUGAUGCAGCCAAUCGCGGUAGAUUGGACGGAAAAUGGAAAAGAGCAGAAGCCAACGCCAACGGAAGCAUACGUCAAGUUUGUUAACGAGCUUGUUGAAGACAAGGGCAUUGUUCGAACUGAUCCCCACAGGAAAUAA